UGCUUCAGAAUUGAGUCCACCCGUCGAUGAGUGAACGUUAAACCGGUUUUCAUUUUCUCAACGUCUGUAGCUUAUUUAUUAACGCAUUAAUAAAAUAUUGUGCGUCGUUUAAUAGUAAGUAAAAAGAGAAAUUGCCAAAUCAAGUCUAUAUCGAACCUUUAGUUUCGAAAUAUUCGAAAAAGUGAAACUGUAUGAACAAGUGAUCGAAAUAGAGUGAAACGUCAACAUCACCAUCGCGAAAAUAACUCUCGCAAACUGCUUCAGUUAUCGAAUAUUAUAGAAAUACGAGAAAGGUUGUAAGAAAGUUUUAUCUGGAAAUCAAAUAAAAGUAAACGGAGGAAAUAGUGAAAGAGUCCUAAAAGGAAAGUUGAAUUCUAUGACAGGAUAAUCGUCUCCUCGCGUGUAGCAAAGAUGGCCGAGUUGAAGGAGCAGCCAAUCAGAAGAGAGCACGAUUCGAUGGACGACUUUGAGCACCUCGAACACGUCCAGGAUGGACAGUCGAGCCACCUUAAUGCUUACACUGAUAAAGUACAAGGAAAUCUAGAACAGAACUUGGACAUGGAAAAGGACAUGAUUAAUUUUUCUCUCAAUCAGUCGACGAUUGAACCCGAAGAUUCCAGAAAAGCUACAUUGUUACUGUUAGACUCGGAGAAAGGUAAAUUGCCCGAAAGUAGUAACUUUGAGGUUAGAUCGAAGGAACGGGAACCUGAUUUGUUAACGGGUAACAUAGAGGACCAAUCGGAAAUUAUGAGUAUGCAACCAACUAUUAAAAAGGAAGAAGAAAAGCAGGAAGCUGUAGAAAAGAAGGAAGAAAUGAUAAAGGAUACAAAAAUUCUAGAUUUUAAACCUGAAACAGUUUCUUCCACGGACGAUUUAUGGAAAAAUAUGGAGAAGCCUCAGCCUGUUUUACAGGAGACACAACCCGUUUCGGAAAAGCCACAGUCUAUUUCGAAAGAAGAGAAAAAAGUAGAAAGUGUGAGUGAUCAGUUUGUCGAUACGGAAAGAAAAGAACGAACCAGUGCGCCAGAAACCGGGGAAUCUGACUUCGAAUCAGAAGUAGAAGCGUCACCGGCGAAAUGCUUUAAGCCGGUAAAACAGGAAGCAGGACGGGAAAGAGUGGAGGAUGUGGAAAUCGCGCCAAAAGAGAUAUUCUGCAGUAUGGGAAUCGACGCAUGGUUUAAUCCCGAAAGACUGAAUCCAAAAGUUGCAGCUUUAAUCUACUGGCGUGAUCCAAAAAAAUCAGGCCCAGUUUUUGGGUGCAUACUCGGCGUACUCCUCUCGCUGGCCUAUUUCAGCUUGAUUAGCGUCCUUGCUUAUUUGUCACUCAUCGUUCUCACCGGCACCAUCAUCUUCAGGAUCAACAAGACCGUUCUUCAAGCAAUCCAGAAGACCUCCGAUGGUCAUCCUUUCAAGAAAAUUUUAGAGCUGGACCUGACAGUGCCCGCUGAAAAGGUGCAUGAGGUUGCAGACGUGGCUGUCGCUCAUGCAAAUGCAGCGGUCAGCGAACUUCGUAGGCUUUUCCUCGUCGAGGACUUCGUUGAUUCCUUAAAGUUCGGAGUCUUACUUUGGUGUCUCACCUAUGUGGGUUCUUGGUUUAAUGGCAUGACUCUGAUAAUAAUCGGGGUAGUUGCUCUUUUUACACUACCGAAGAUCUACGAGACAAAUAAGGCACAAAUUGAUCAGAAUUUGGCCGUGGUGCGUGGCAAGAUCAACGAGUUCACCGCCAAAAUAAAGGCCGCUAUACCGCUUGGUAAGAAAGAGCCAACGAAGGAAGAAUAAAUUGAAGAAUACACCAUCACGCGGGGGCAAAGAACUUGAAAGAGUUUGUUGGGCAACUGAGGAAUUCACGCAGGAAUGAGAAGCAGAAAAUAAACACGAUGCAAACGAACUGAAAAAGGAUACGGAAAUAAAACGUAAAAUAUGAUUCGGUGGAGAACGAAAGAAAAAGACAAGACAAUGAGGAAAUGCAGAAAGAAUGAAGAAUCGAAAAAGAAAAGUAAAAUACGAACGAAACACAAAAGUUGAACACAAGGAACAGCAUACCAGGGAAUAAGAAGAUGAAUAUAAAAAAAGUUCUUAGCGUCUUGAGAAUUAAAUGAAAAUGAAGUAACAUUUUGUUUAAUUUUUGGACUUACCGCAAAUGAAAGAAUUGUAUAAGUAGCUGUAAUACAAGCAUUGAGAAGAAGACGUAUAUGUAUAAGAAAAAGAAAAGGCGGAGAGAAUCACUGAACAGAAAUUUCUUCUAAAACAGUGAACAGAAAAGCAAAUAAAUGUCAAAAUAAAAACAAUUUCAAUAGGACAGAAGGACAACGAAAGGAUCAUUAAAGUGCGUGUAGGAAACAUGUCUUUUCUUAAUAUUUAAACAAUGGCAGUUGAAUUUCAUUGUUCGGCUAUAUCGUAACGCGAAUUUUCCUUUUUCCGGAUCUGCACAGUGUCCCUGUUGAUGGAAAUAAACGAAAACAAGUACCAUUUAGCGAUUAUGUUAAUUCGUUGCGACAUGAAAGGUGGUAGAGAGUCCUUUGGUGUGCUCUACACAAAACCUAUGAAUGGUGCAAUGCGUGUGUGUCUCUUAGGGGUUUCCCGGUUUUUCUUCCCUUUUUUUGUUUUUUUCCUCGCACUCUCCCACACCAGUUGAUUUUUCAUCAUCAGACAUAGGAUGAUAUGCAGCCCCAUUAAAAUCAAUGAUCGUUCAUUUUUAAAAAAUUUGUUCAUUUCAUAGUAGGCAUAUAUAAAUGAAACAAUUUCCUGGUAGAAAAAUUACGAAGGUGUUUUCUUUCUUAGUCCUUAACAAAUUUACUUUUUACUUGCGUUUUUUAUUUAUAGUUUUUAACAGUUGUAGAAUGAACUUAACAAUAUUUUCAGAACAGUGAAGAAUAACUUUUAAAGUAAAAUACUGUUACACGAUCGCAUUCAAUUGUUACGAAUGAAAUAAUACAGAUAGCUUGAAAAGGAACGGAUGUAGAUUAUUUUUCGUUUUAAAAGUUUUGGAUAAUUUUGUUAAGGAAAAGUGGUUUAAAAUAAUUUUUUACUUGAAAUUCAGUUUAGUUUCUUGUGCUUUGAUUUCAUUUAAGAUACAUAAUUGUGUGAAAUUCAGUUGUUUCUUUUCUCAGUAUGUCAUUUUAGGCCAGUUUCCUAAAUUUUUAUUGUUAAAUAGUACUAUCGAUUGUUUCAGAUGUAUGUAAAUAUGCGUCUUAUUUUUUUUAUUUGUUUGUACUUUAAGAAAUGAUUAAACUAAAUUCAGAUUCCUUUAAUAAAAAAGAUCACCCAAAAUCUAUUUAAAAAAUUGAAUUCGGAAAGGUGGAAAUUUAUAACAAAUAAUCUCUCUGCAUUAGCAUAGUCACAGCUAGAUAACAUAUUAAUUUAAUUAAUAAUUAUCUUUGAAGCUUUUCAAGUGUUUUUAUUCCUAUUAUAUUUGGUAUCUCGAAAAUUUAUACGAAACGCGUUGUCAUAGUUAAAUAUAUAUACGAUUAAUUUUGUUUAUCCGUAGUAAAGAACGUUUUCUAUUAAGAAAACAUAUUAUUAAGGAAUAAGACUUGAUUGAAAAACGUAGAUUAUAUAGUUUUAACAAUCGUCCAGUCAAAAACCUCUCGCUCUUCUUUUUAAUAUUAUAUGUUUUAUAAAAACACGUAAGCAGAAGGUAAACAACAGUUAACAGUAAUAAUCAAAGUUGAUAUUGAAAUCGUUGGCAGUAGUAGUAUCGUAUUAUGAUAAUUACAGCAGUUAAUUUUUACUUUGCGCAUAUUAAUUGCCUUAAAAAUAAAAAUUCUGCGUUGUGUGAAAAGGAAGAGUGUAUGUGUGUGUGUAUGCAUAUGAGAGUGAAACCAAGAAAGGGAUGGUGUGACAGAGAGAGAGAGACUGAAGUUUGAAAAGUUUAAUACCGAUUGUUAACGAUGUUGCGAAUGUUGCACAUUCAUCUUGAAUAUUAUUUUUUAAACGACACUAUAAAUGCUAAUAAUACAUAGGUAUUAUUCAAUGAAAUCUGAUUUUAUUUAUACCAUAUUUAAGAUUUAAGACUUUUAUGAAACGUACAGAUAGAACGCUUAUAAAUUUUUAAUUGAUUGUAUUCAUGGUUAAUUAAGGAUUGAUUUUUCUUUUUUAAUAUUAAAUUUGAAAUUUAUUUCUCCAAAAUGAAGUCGUCUUCGUUAGAUUAAAUGUUGGUUAGUUGCCAAUUAAUAGCUGCAAAACAUUUCCUUACUUUACUGUUUAUUGUGUUAUGGAAUUAAAUUCUAUCUCGUUGAUCGAUGAACAGAGUAUACGUUAUUGUUUUGGGGAAAUUUUAAUUUCGCUUAUAAAGAAACAUCCUUAAAAACAUUGUUCCUAAAUUUCUCUCUUAAUAUAUUAUGUUUUAUCGUGAAUUUAAAAACACGCGUUUGUGUUUCUUGUCUGAUUAAAACUAUUUCUUGUUGAUACAAAUGUUAUUCGAUCGGCAUAGUCAUUCUUUAUUGUACAGUUUUAUCGGCCGUGAGAGAUAUACUUUCUAAACGACAGAUUUAUAUGCGAUAGUUUUUCUCAGUACAAACAAGUUGCAAAGAUCUGCAUACAUCUGAUUAUCUUGGAUGAAUGUUUUUUAUUAAAUUCAUCGAUUUACUCUUGCAACAGCGAAAUAUUGUUGAAACAUUACUUUCAGUAAUAACACAAUUUCGUUGGACAAACGAUGAAAAAUUUUUUUGAAAAUUAAACCGAUCGAGCACGUUAGUGGGUCUGCAUAAUAAUCGAUCCCUUAAUCAUCAACCAUUAACAAUUCUUCAGAGAGAAUGAUUGCGACGAGUGUGUACGCGCGCGCGUGUGAAUAAAAAAAAAACGACGCCGUCUGUUUUUUCUUCGGCGGUCUCGAAGAUUUUUUUCUUCGAUUAAUGCAAUUAUCGCUAUUACAUUACUAAGUGUAACUAUAUGGUUAAACAUUACGAUGGAAAGUUGUUGGCUGAAUUACAAGUUUUUAUUACAAUAAUAUCGUUCCAAGUAAAUCGAUGUUGGUACUGAAAUUCCGUUAGAAUUUUUUAAAUCGUGUUGCAUCGUAAAACAUCAAAUGUAUUUAAUCAGCAAAUUUGAAAGUCUCCAAUUUUUUAACCUAAUUUUUAUACAACGUGAUUUGAAACAGAGCUUUUUAGAACUUUGAAAUCUUCCAUAAAAGAAACGAACGAUGUCGCUUAAAAGAUAUUAUACAUUCUUAUAAUACACGUUUCAAAAUGCUCUGUAUAACUUGCGGUGUAUUUCCAAAAAUUGAAUGCUUUUAAAUUACUUUGAACCAGCAUAAAAAGUGUAGUCGCAUCUCUUCUUUUCUACGAUGGCACGAUUUAACAGGAUCUGAAUGAAAUUUUGUCGGAUGCCAAUCGUCGUUCUUUACUUCAAAAUAUGGCGUCCGAAAAGUGACAACAAUGGUAGGAAAAAAUGCGAGUAAAAUGGCUAGAGACACUGAAGAGGAAAAGUCUCUUUCAGAAUGCGACUUGUAAUACACGUAUCGCUUAUUGACGUUUUCAUUAUUGCAUCUGCAUCCGCACGAUUAAUUUAUAAAUAAAUUAUAUUAAACAAGA